CGGAGACUUGGAAGUUGGUACAGUCUACAGAGACCUGACGCUGAGCAGUGCGAUUUGGUUUGGUGAAGAAGGUUGCUCUGUCGCCCUUGUGCUGAGCUCUGCCUGUUUGCAGAGGCGCCUCUAGGACCUAGGUGUGCAGGGAAGCAGCUCAGGAGGCUGGUACUGGGGCGAGAAAGCGGCCGUCACAUUUUCUGGCCAGCUCUCGCCUGUGUUACGGUUGUUUGUCAGUAUAGAGGAGACAGCCAUGAUAAGUGCCCAGGAGUCACAGCCGCUGGGCACGCUGCGAGAAGCUGCCACGAGUUUGACAAAGAUAGCGGGUGAAACCUUGGAGUCCUCAGGGCCGCUUGGACUGCCAUUCGCACGGCUGACGGACAGCGCGUCCAUUUUUACCACAGGGCUGCCGAAGCACUUCCUGAGCAAGCAUUCAAGCAGCAGCCUCGCCAAGGCGCUUCAGCGAACGCAGAGCGCGGGGUCGAGGAAGGUUGCAGGGCCUGCGCAGUCGAAAGCAAGACCCGUGGAACCUGAGAGUAGCAAUAAAAGGGGUAAGGUGGUCACUGAAAGAAAGCGGAGGCAAACCGUUGUCAUGGAAGAUUCUACUGGGGGAAGCCGGUCAGCAUUGCGAGACGUCACAUUGUCUAGGGUUGCCAGCUCGCCCGAGGAGCGACCCCGCUCGACGGUGGCUACUCUUAGCUUAAGUCACGCAGCAUUUGGCGAGGGCGUUGUUGGUGUUCUGGAUGGGCAGAGGACGUGGCAUCGAGCCGACUUCGUGUUUGAGGAUGAGUUGUCCAAAGGCCCGGACGUCCAGUGGUACCAGUUGACACCGUCUCGGCCGCAAAAGUCCCAGGAGACCACCUCAGAGCAGGAAGCUGUGAGCAGUAGCGGGCAGGAGACUGAGGCUGGGCCCAGCAGACAGAAGCACAUGCACAGAAAGUGGCAUUUCAAGAGGGUGGAGCGGCAGGCGCAAAUAGCAAAGCGGCUUGAGAAGCUGGGCAAGAGAUCCGGGCUGCUGCAGCAACUAGCAAGCGGGGCGUUUGCAGGCGUGGUCUCGCGCUCAUUUGUGGCCCCACUGGACCUUAUAAAGACGCACCUAGUAACGGGGCAUGGGAGCCGGGGGGCUCCCAAGACUGCUGCCGUGGUGGCCGCAAAGAUUUUCGAGGAGGGGGGGUGGAAAGCGUUCUUUCGAGGGAACGGCAUUAAUUGUCUGCGGGUGGCGCCGUGCAAGGCCAUCGAGCUGUGUGUCUUUGAAAACCUCAAGCGCGCGCUGUCGAAAGAUGAAGGCAGUUUGAUGUCUUUCGUCGCCGCACCUGUAGCGGGAGGAGCAGCAGGCAUGAUGUCAACAGUUGCGACCUAUCCCCUGGAGUUGAUGAGGACCAGAAUGAUGGUGCAGCCGCACUUGUAUACGAGCAUCAGCCGCACGUUCCACAAGAUUGUUGCGGAGGAGGGCGCCGGCGCUCUGUACAGCGGUUUACGGCCUAGCGUUCUGGGGGUGUUUCCAUACGCUGCCGCAAACUACGGCGUCUAUGCUGGCCUUCGAUCCGCCUAUAAGCGGGUCACAAAGAAGGACUAUGUGCCGACGGUGCCUACGCUGCUAUUUGGGGCUGCCGCUGCGUCGUGUUCGAGCGCCCUCACGUUCCCUCUGGAGGUGGCACGCCGCCAGAUGCAACUAGGCACGGUGGGAGGGAAAGCUGUGUACAAAAACGCCCUCGACGUCGUCCAGACCAUCUACAAAGAAGAGGGUUUCUUAGCGCUCUAUCGCGGCCUUGGCACCACGUGCGUCAAGCUCAUCCCCGCCGCCGCAGUCAGCUGCAUGUGCUACGAGGCCGCCCGACUCGCGCUCCGGGUCGAUGACGCGAGCAUCAAGAAGCGCGAGAACGAGAAAGAGGCCCUGAAAGAGGAGGAAGAGGGGCUUGCGUUGCAGGCGGAGGUAGAAUAAAUUGGGAAGUAUGGGGUUGGGGUCCGCCAGCGGAGGGCUCCGAUCCAAUGAGGUAGGGGGGUGAAAGGAGCGGCGAUUGUCUAUGGGGGCAUGGUUUGGUCUGAGAGGGAGGAGGGGUUGGGGGGGCUUGACCUCGCAAGCGAAGAGGCCGCAAGCGAAGAGGCCGGUGAGAGUUGCGAGGAGCGGGUAACGAGUUGGAAACGUGGUCAAGUGUUGGAUGGCUGCGUGAGAAUGACGGAAACGAAGGGUUCAUGGGCGAGAGGGCUCUGCCGGCGGUGGCGCGAAAGAAGAGCGCAGUAGAAUUGGGGGGUAAUUUGUGCCCAAGGGGGCG